AUGGGUACGUCGCGGGCAUCAGUGGCUUGGGUGGGCGUCCUUGCUGGCUUGUCUUUGCUACUCCUUAACGAAGUCCAUGGUCGGUCCCACAAUCCUCUCGUGAAGGAUUUCUUCUCGACGAAAUGGAAGAAGAUUGCUGGCAUCGUAAGUGUGAUCCCUUCAUCAUGGAUCAGCAAUGACUCAUACGUUUUUCUAGCACAAACACGGACUCUUCACCCAGCUAACCUGACGGCGCUGGAAAUUAUCGAAGAGAUGAAGGAGGAACAUUUUAGGAUCCGAGUCGUGAUUAACAAAAGGGAAAUUAAAGUAUAUAGGGACGAUCAAGUGGCGUACGAGAAGAUCGGAGUGUACAAUGGGUAUUACAUCAGCCACACUGGCAUGCACGUGGUGGUACUGCACCCUUCCCGCGGCCACGUGAUGCUCGCCAGGCAGUUCCUGACGCAGGAGCCUUCUGAAGACCGGAACCUAGUGGCGUGCCUCGAGUCCCUCAUGCCGGGGAACAUCCUCAUUGCGGUUGCAGUGCCCGAUGCGGUCAUGUUCUUGGGCCCCGACGCCGUGGCCCGCCUGGAAGAGAUGGGCGCCUCCAGGAUCCGCUAUCUCGCCCGACACGAAACCUGGGUCAUGGUGGCUCACACGCCCACACGCCCGUACAGGCCGCCGCGGUUCUAUCCAAUACUCAAACCCAACGUCACUAAACCAGUGGUUCCAUUAGGAAGGGUUUGGGCAGAGAGUUUUUCCCUCCGUCGCUUGCUCGUUAAUGGCACCUCUUCAGCCGUCGACAUGGCAACGUAUGUCCCCAAAUUUGAAGCCACCAAGUGCGCGUGGCACCAAGACGUCGCCAUGUUGGAUCAACGGAAAUUCUGCGACAGUUACGAUGGCUACGUCCGCCUCUGCAGGUGCCAUGACCCGGUCACUUCCUCCCUCAGGAAUUCUGCUGUAACCACCAAGUGCGCGUGGCACCAAGACGUCGCCAUGUUGGAUCAACGGAAAUUCUGCGACAGUUACGAUGGCUACGUCCGCCUCUGCAGGUGCCAUGACCCGGUCACUUCCUCCCUCAGGAAUUCUGCUCCGAAGAUCAAGAUGCGUGAAGUCAUCCCCGUGGCCAUGUUGACAGCCAUCAAACCUUUCAACUUCUACAGGCAGCUUCUGAACCUCCUCGAGACGCCAGGGGCAGCCCAGACACCCAUUCUUGUUCUUAUAGACGGACCUCAGAAGGAGAUUAUACGCUUAGCGAAGUUGUUCGGGUUGGACGUGCUAAUCCACCGACCUCAGGGCGAGAAGGGCAGCACUACACUCCUGAAUAUGCAUUUCCGCUUCUCCGUUCACAACGUGUUCAACUUCUUCCCAGGAGUCGACAAGGCUAUCAUCUUAGAAGACGAUUUGCUGCUCUCGCCUGAUUUCUUAUCCUAUUUCCAACAAACGGCCUGGCUCCUGGACGCAGAUCCCACCAUCACGCACGUCAACGCCUUCUCAACCAACAGCUAUCCUGACGUCGCCUACGAUCCUACAGUCCUAAGGAGGAUAGAGAUGUUCCCCCAGUUCGGCUGGAUGGUGAAGCGAAACUGGGCGCAGGAUAUAUUUCAGUUUUGGGUCUCUGAAAAUGAAACAGCUGAUUGGGACUGGUGGCUUUCGGGAGCAAGGCAGCGUCAGGGAAGGGACGCCCUACUGCCCGAAGUGAGCAGGACCUUCCACGCAGGAGCAGCAGGAGCCCAUGUGACUGGGUGGGCGCAGGAACACCUUUUCAGUAACAUGAUCUUCAACCAGGAUCCUCAUGUCAAGCUCAAAGGGCUCAAUGACCUGACCAGGGAUCGAUACGAAGCCAAGAUCCGGCGAGACAUUGAACGGGCUGUCCCUCUCACCUUGACAAAGUCCCCCUGCGAUGGCCCGAUUCUCCCGCCCAACACACCUGGACCCUUCAAGAUCUUUGUGGAGGCGAAGACCAAUAACGACGAAUAUGACAGCUUUUACGUAAUGCAAUCGUGCCUCCAUGGAUAUAUUCAGGACACGAGAGAGAUGUUCCGUGGCACUGUAAGGUACAACUUGAAGGGGCGUAUCCUGUACAUCGUCGGGUGUCCUAUGUCUCUCUAUUGCGAAACGAAAACUGGCGUGAAUCUCCUCCGUCCUUCCCCCGAACUUGUCAACAUGGUCAGUGAUCAGAAUUAUCCUUGGCAGAUCCAGAACUAUCCACCUUACUAUCUAGAACGCUUCCCUGUGGUCGUUCCCGAAGAAGAGUUUUAUAUGCGGAAUCUACUCUAUGUUUACCAUAACGGCACCCAUGUGUUUAACGAGAAAAUAGCGAGCGUGAACUGA